AAAUGUGGUGUUUGAGCUUACACCGUCUAUAUAAAUAGAGAUGGAAACGGUUUUGGUUGUGCAAAGUGCCACUGGUUCACUUGAACUCGAUAUGAGUGAAAGCACUAAAAUAAAUAGUUUCAAUUCCUUCCGCAUGGAACAGAAUUAACACUGUUAACAUCCUGUAAAACCUACAGUCGUAUUCGUACCGGGAAAUGAGGUGGCUGGGUAAUUCCCCACAUUGAAUGAGUCAGCUAACCCUGCCAUAGGUGAACUGCCUGGUGGCCCAACACAUUUGUCCCCACUGACCUUCCCAACUAAAUGAAUCUCAUACCCAAUGCUGACUGGGCAUUCUCCAACUACCCGAGGCUGUGUCGCCUUUGUGUGCAUAUGACUGCACUGCAAUGAAUUUGGACACCCCCCCACUUAGGAGCAGGGAAGUUGCGCCAAUGCACUUGAAUGCAACAAUUUCGGGCAAAGGGGCCUGCUUUUGAAUGCCCAUCUGCUACGUCAUCUGAUUCAGUCUUUUUGACAGAUAAUCUAUUGUUUUGAUUAUUCAGUUGCUUCACCAUUGAAGACAAAAGCAAAACAUUUGCGUUAUCUGGGGGGGUUUUCCCCCCCACUUGCUGAGCAUUUGACAUUCCUCUAAUUAUUCAGCAAAAUUAGUCAAUGAUUGAAAAUGAUUACUGAAGUUUAUUAACCAACACCUCUUAAUACCUUUGUCUUCAAAACUAAAAAAGGACGAUCUAUACUUUAAUUAAGCGUUAGCAGUGGAGCCAAUGACAAUACAAUACAAUCCGCUGCGUUCAAAUGAGGAGGCUAAAACGACUCGAUCCAAUCCAUGAGCAGCCUGCCCACUAUUUAAAGCUCGCCUAGUGAAGCGUCAGACCCUUCCUCCGGUCCCUUGUGGGGACUUCUCCGGAAGCAAAACACUUGCUCCCUGUCGGCGCGCAGCUGUCUGGGACAAACUGUGACGGACAAAAGUGAAGACUGAAAAUAACCAAUCGUCUGACAACUUCCGGUGACCUCAGCAACGGUCGAACAUUGUAUGCCCCGCCUCCUGUUGUCGGCUAAACUCCGAGGAACAGACUACAUUUAAGUAUGCUGCAGAGACUCGCUGCGUACCUGCGACGGCCCGCUGCUUCUCCUCGCGUGGCCGCAGUACGAUGCGUGUCCUCGGGCUCAGUGGACAUCACGGCGCCGCUGAACUUCUGGGCUGGAAAUAGACGGACCAGCCAAGAGAAACGCGACGCGGAAAACGUUUACGAGCCUGCAACGGGGCGAGUCCUGUGUCAGUUGGAGCCAUGUGGGGCUGCGGAGGUCAAUCAGGCUGUGGAGGCUGCGAAGUCGGCCUUUGGCCACUGGAGCAAGAUGUCUGGGAUGGAGAGGGCGAGGAUCAUGAUAGAAGCUGCCCAUAUCAUUGAGAGCAGGAGAGAGGAGAUAGCUGAAAUGGAAGUGGUCAACAAUGGGAAGUCCAUCACAGAGGCCCGUCUGGAUGUGGACUCUGCCAGACUGUGUAUAGAGUACUAUGCAGGGAUGGCCAGCACUCUGGCAGGCCAGCAUGUCCAGCUGCCUGGGGGGUCCUUUGCCUACACCCGCAGGGAGCCUCUGGGAGUCUGCGCUGGAAUCGGUGCUUGGAAUUAUCCUUUUCAGAUUGCAGCCUGGAAAUCUGCUCCAGCCUUGGCCUGUGGUAACUCUAUGGUGUUCAAGCCGUCACCAGUGACGCCUGUGACGGCGGUCCUGCUGGCAGAGCUGUACACCCAAGCUGGAGCUCCAGAGGGGCUGUUCAACGUGGUGCAGGGCGGCCAGGAGACCGGCAGUUUACUCUGCCACCACCCAGACGUCGCCAAGGUCUCCUUCACUGGGAGUGUGCCCACAGGCAAGAAGAUUAUGGAGAUGGCAUCCAAGGGGGUGAAGCCUGUAACUCUGGAGCUCGGGGGGAAAUCUCCUCUGCUCAUCUUCAAGGACUGCGAUGUGGAGAACGCUGUGAGGGGCGCUCUCAUGGCAAACUUCCUCUCUCAAGGCCAGGUCUGUAGCAAUGCUACCAGGGUGUUUGUCCAGAGGGAUAUUCUGCCUGAGUUUAUGGAGGAGGUGGUGAGGAGGACCCAGGCGAUUGAGAUAGGAGACCCACUAUUGGAGAGCACCCGAAUGGGGGCAUUGGUCAGCCGACCACACCUGGAAAGAGUCCUCUCCUUUGUUGAUCAGGCAAAGAAAGAGGGAGCUACAGUGUUGUGUGGAGGUGAACCUUUUAUCCCAUCAGAUCCUAAACUCAGAGGUGGAUACUACAUGACUCCAUGUGUUCUGGGCAACUGUACAGAUGAGAUGACCUGUGUGAAGGAGGAGAUCUUUGGUCCUGUCAUGUCUGUAUUGUCUUUUGAAUCAGAAGAGGAGGUACUAUGGAGAGCCAAUGACACCUCCCUGGGUCUGGCUGCUGGAGUUUUCACUAGUGAUGUGAGGCGAGCCCAUCGUGUGGUUGAGCAUCUCAAGGCUGGUUCCUGUUUCAUCAAUAACUAUAACAUCACUCCUGUGGAGGUGCCCUUUGGAGGCUUCAAGAUGUCAGGUAUAGGACGGGAGAAUGGCCAGGUGACAAUCGAAUACUACUCCCAGCUGAAGACUGUAUUUGUGGAGAUGGGAGAUGUGGACAGCUUAUUCUAAGAUCCGUACAUCAGGAGUAGGAUGGAGCUGUGGCAUUGCCCCAGAGACUGAAGAAGAUGUUCUGAUCAAGAACACUUCCAUCACUAAGGGACAGAACAUGAAAUACUGGUGCUUAAAGUGAAGGAUUUUUCAUUAUAUUCUGAAUGUGACGUAAAUGUAACACAGAGGCAAUCUGACAGGUCAAAUCGAAGUCCGUUAUGAUUUACUGAACCUUGAUUGAUUUCAGCCACCAUAGCAUAGAUAGAAUACUUGCACUGUGUUUUCCUGCAUAAUAUAUUAGUCAUCCAUGCACAGAAUAACAUGUUUACAGUGUUGUUUACAAGUCAAGCUUUAUUUCUUAAACAUAUCAGUAUAUUUUUGUAUACCUAAUAAUGAAGCACUUUGAACAUUGUAUUGAUUUAAUUAAUCUAGAUUGUACAGUUCAUGUAGACUUUUUGUACAACGUUGUCAAAAUUCGAACUGUGACGUUAUCAUCCUGCCUUGCCGGGAGAGAUUAUCAUGAAGGGAACCUGUCUAACACAUUUGCCUAUAAUAUCUGUUGUAACAUAACAUUAAACAGUGCUGAACAUUGUAAUAAAAUGAAGAAGUACUUCAUAUUAGUGUUUA